UUUGGCGUCAUUGCUGUGUUACGUUAUUCUGCGCUCAAAGAUUCCAAACCUCGGAAUUUCGCUACUGUGAUGUAGUGGCGAGGCGGGUUUGGCUUAUCUCUAGCGCUAGUGUUGGGCUCUAGAGGCGGUGAAAAGCCGAGGGGAAGGGGAAGUGUUUGUGAAGCCUCCAGGCUUUGCGAUGAAGAAGUUUUUUAGCUUCGGGAGUAAGAAGGGCGGGUCGUCCUUUCGCGUUACCAGCUCGCUGAGGGACGGCCCGGGCAUCCUGCGUGAGAGGAGAAUUGGAACCAACAGCUUCGGGUGGGGGUACAACAUCCGAGACAAAGAUCUCAGAAAGAUCCACAAAGUUGCCAGCAUGGGCAACGUAAGGAAACUGCAGGAGAUUCUACUUUCCGGGAAACACGGCGUGGACGAAAGAGACCAGAUGAACAGGACUGCUCUUCAUUUGGCCUGUGCCAAUGGCCAUCCAGAUGUCGUUGCUGUCCUAGUGGAGAGGAAAUGCCAGCUUGACCUCUUUGAUACAGAUUAUAGGACUGCUCUGAUGAAGGCUGUACAAUGUCAGGAUGAGAGAUGUGUGACUAUUCUUCUAGAACACGGUGCUGAUCCAAAUCUUACGGACAUUGCUGGCAAUACUGCUCUCCACUAUGCCGCCCUUGGUUCGAAUACAUCAAUAGCAGAGAAGCUGCUUCUACACCAUGCAAAUAUUGAAGUGAGAAACAAGGAUGAACUCACACCAUUUUUACUUGCUGUAAGUGAGAACAAACAGCAAAUGGUGGAAUUUUUAAUAGAAAAAGAAGCAAAUGUACAUGCAGUUGAUAAGUUGGAAAGAACAGCCCUCAUGCUUGCUGUACAUUAUGAUUCUGCAGAUCUAGUCAGGGUUCUUCUUCAGCAAGGUAUUAAUAUCUUUUCUGAAGAUGUGUGUGGAUGGACUGCAGAAGAAUAUUCUAUUUUUAAUGAUCUUAAAGUCAGUCACCAACUAAUUGCCGAAUAUAGAGAAGAAAAACUUAACAAUGAUUUGCAAAGUAAGAAUGCAGUGGCAGAUAAGAGUUCUGAAGAAGAGUCUUUAAGCAGUAUUUCCAUUAAACCUGGUACUGAUGAUUCAUGGCCUACAUCAGAUGAUGAAGACUUUAAUUUUGAUAUCAAGACUGUCCCAAAACCAAACUUAAGAGCGCUAAUGAAUGCUUCUGAGCAAUUCAAGAAUGUGGGAACAAAAUGUGGCCUUAUAACACUAGGAGGUAGAACUUUAUCUGAGCAUGAUAAUUCUGAUUAUGAAGAUGAAAAUAUAGUUGGACUUCUUUACAAACCACCAUUCAAAGCCAAUGACUUUUCUUGUCCUGCUUUUUCAAAACCUUCUGUCAAGUCGUUAGCAGGCCAUGGUGUUAUAAAGGAAGGAGAGGUGCAGCCGGCAACUGGAAAAAAGGACAAUGGUAUUAAUAUUACUGAAAGUGCUCCACAAGAGCAAACAGUUAAUGACCAUCUGACUUCUGCUGAUAGAGCAUACAAAAGUAAUAGUAGUGUUACGAUGUCAGCAUUGGGAUUAGGAGAAGAGGAAGAUGGAGAAUCACCUUGGGAUUCUGAGAGUAUUUCUGAGAGUCUUCUAAAGAAAGACGUUAAACAUUUAUUUGGAGCUGUGGAUCAGAAAGGACCACGUAUAUUAAAUGAACAAGUAGAAGAUUCUCCUAAAAGUUAUCCUUACGUGAAGCCUCCCGUUGAAGUGAAAGAUUCUGUUCCUAAUAAAACAGUGGAAGUGAAGGAAAAACAAACAUCCAACUCAGAUUGGCCAGCAGAACUAGACGUAGAAAGGACAUCAGAGGAAGAGCAAAAAAGACUUGAUGAAAGUGAAAAUAACCACCUAAAGAUUAAUGAAGAAAAGAAGAGACACCAAAGUAAUGAGACGGCAGUAUUAGAAAACACAUAUGCUGUCGCUGCUGCUGCUGCUGGACUCAUUCAACAAAGAGAGAGUGGAAAAACUGAAAACCACCUCUUUCCUGUUGGGAAAAAGGAAGAUUCUGAUGGUGGAUCUAUUAAAACUAGUGAUCCUGGUUUGCAUAUGAAGGGAGUAAGGAAAGAUGAAAAUGAAAAAUGGACAUCAGAAGUAUCUGUGAUUACACCAGGACUUGAGAAGGCUGAUUCCCUACCUUCUCAUCCACCACAAGUGAAUGAUGACAGCACUUCAAGUGAAAUGGAUCAGGAUGAAGUAAGACCUGCAAAGAAAACAUCUCAUGAAAAGAAAGAGGUCAAAAAGCAAAUUAAUUUUAUGGAUGACCUUGACUUAACGGAGUCAUCUGGAACAGCUUCAGAGGAUUCCAAGUUGCCUUGCUCUAAGUAUAUGAGUUGCAAGUCGCUAAUUGUACCAGUUGGCCAGGAUCGUAAAGAUUCUACUACUUUACUAAAAAUCCAGGAUGUGAUUCUUUCAUAUAAAAAAUUAGUAGAACUUAAAAAAAAUCAGUGUAAACAACUUAAAAGAAAAAAUAAAGAAAUGGAAAAUAAGGUUAAUGGACUACAAAAGGAGCUAUCAGAAACAAAAGAGUUGAAAUUGCAGUUGGAGCAUCAAAAAGUGAAAUGGGAACAAGAACUUAGCGAUUUGAGAUUUACCUUCAAACAAGAAGAAGGAAAAAGAAGAAAUGCUGAUAAAUUAUAUGAAAAAAUGAGGGAGCAAUUCAGAGAAAAAGAAGAGCAGUAUAAUAAAGAAGUUGAAAUGAAACAACAACUUGAACUUCGUCUUGCAACAGUAGGUGCGGAAUUGAGGACUAUGAGAAAUAAUUUGGAUCAGGUUGUGGAGGAGCGAAAUGACGCUAAGUUACAACUUUCUCGAGAACAGAAUGCCAGAGUAUUACAAGAUGGAAUUCUAAAGAAUCACCUUUGCAAACAAAAGGAGAUAGAAAUAUCUAAUAGUCAUAAAGAAGAAAAAGAUCUGUUGCCUAAAACCCACUUGUGGCAGGAUGAAAUUGCCAUGCUAAGACUGGAAAUAGACACAAUAAACAGUAAGAACCAGGAAAUGGAAACUAAAUAUUGUGAAGACAUUGAAAUUAUAAAAGAAAAGAAUGUCAGUCUUCUAAAGACCAUAAAACUGAAGGAGGAAACAUUAACAAAAACAGUAUUAGAAUAUAGUGGACAGAUUAAUGCCCUGACCACUGAGAAUACAAUGCUAAAGUCUAAACUGGAGAAUGAAAAGCAAAACAAAGAAAGACUGGACACACAAGUUGGAUCAUUUCGAGCUAGACUAGCUACUGCUCUAGAGGAUUAUGAUCAAAGUCAGGCGUCAAAAAGAGACCUAGAACUUGCUUUCCAGAGAGCAAAAGAUGAAUGGUUUCGUCUGCAGGACAAACUGAAUUUUGAUGUGUCUAACCUAAAAGAAAACAAUGAGCUUCUUUCUCAAAACCUUUCUAAAGCUGAAAGUGAAUUCAAUACUUUAGAAAUUGAGCUCCAUCACACAAGAGAUGCUCUCAGGGAAAAGACUUUGGUUUUAGAAUGUGUACAAAGAGACCUAAGUCAAACACAGUGUCAGAAAAAGGAAAUGGAACACAUGUAUCAAAAUGAACAAGAUAAAGUGAAUAAAUACAUUGGAAAGCAGGAAUCCUUAGUGGAGAGAUUAUCUCAACUACAAAGUGAAAAUAUGCUGCUUCAUCAGCAACUAGAUGAUGCUCACAACAAAGCUGCCAGUAAAGAAAAUGUAGUAAUUAAUAUCCAAGACCAGUUUCAGGAUAUCGUAAAGAAACUUCAAGCUGAAAGUGAAAAACACGGUCUUUUGCUGGAAGCAAGCAAUAGAGAGUUAAUCAAUGAAUGUAAUCUUUUAAAAGAAAGAAUAUAUCAGUAUGAAAAGGAGAAAGUAGAAAGAGAAGUAACUGUGAGACACCUUCAACUAGAACUGGCUGAUGCCCUAAAAAAACAAUCUAUGUCAGAAGCUUCGCUGGAGGUUACAUCACGUUGCCGUAUUAAUUUAGAAGAUGAGACACAGGAUUUGAGGAAGAAAUUAGGUCAAAUCAGAAGUCAGUUGCAAGAAGCACAAGAUCGACAUGCAGAGGCUGUAAGAUGUAUUGAGACGUCGAAAGAUCACGUGCAAAAGCUUGAAGUUGAAAAUGCCAAGUUAAAAGUUACAGUCAAAAAACAAGCGUGCAAAAUUGAACAACUUCAGGAAAACCUGUUAAGUACAAGUUUGUCUGAUGAAAAGGGACAGAUAAAGAAAUUGAUUGAGUUGAAACAAUCUCUGGAAUGUAGUUUGGAUCAAGAAAUGAAGAAAAAUGGUGAAUUAGAAAAAGAGAUGACUAGAUUUAAGAAACUCUUAAACGUGACAAGGAGAAAGUUAAGUGAAUAUGAAGAUGGGGAGCUUACUUUCCCUGGAAAUUCAAAAGCCAAUCAAAUUGAAAUGGAUAGUCAGAUUGAUAUGCUAAAACAGAAGGUUGAUGAUCUUACAGCAAAACUGGAAACUGCGUCUUCAAAAUGUCUAUACCUGGAUGCAAACAACCAGCUUCUUACCCAGGAGUUAACAUCUAUGAAGGAAAUGCAGAAGAAAUACGAAAAACUAAAGAAGAAUAAAAAGAAGUUGGAACAACAAGUAGAAAACCUCAGAAGUCAUGCAGAAUUCAGUAUGGUAGAAUACAGUAAAAUAGAACACUAUAAACGGGAGCUUGAAGAAAGAACAAGAUUGGACAUAACAGAAAAAUUAAAAGAAGCCAAUCUAUUUUUCCAGACACAAGUAGCAUCUCAAGAACGCUUAGGACAGUUAAGAGAAACUAAUAAUGCUUCAAUAAGAAAUCAAAUGGAACUCAGAAUUAAAGAACUGGAAUUUGAAUUAUCCAGAAUGAAAAGUUCUCAAGAAGAUUUUAAUAAAACAGAAUUGGAAAAAUACAAGCAACUCUACCUAGAAGAAUUAAAAGUUCGAAUGUCAUUGACAAAUGAACUGAACAAGACUAAUGAAAAGCUGGCAGAGACCAGUACCAAACUUCUGGUGGAGACACAGCAAAAAAAGUCUUUGAUUAAUACUAUUACUAUGAGACCUGUCCUAGAAUUGCCUUCUGUUAGAAAUAUGAAUAAUAGUUCACUGUUCAAUAGAUAUGUUGCUCCGAGAGAAAACCUAGUGAUUCCUACCUCAAGCUCAUGGCCUACAAAGAAUGGCAUUGAGACUUUCUUGACCAAGAUGCAGCAGGAGAUGGAAAGGAAUAUAACUAGAGAACUAGAAGAAGCUGCUGCUGAAAUUGAAUCAGACUCAUGGUGUAAGACCUCCUCUUUAGAAUCUACUUAUGAAUCACAUGCAGAUGUCGAUCUACUAGUGAAAUCGUCAAAAGAAUAUUUACAGAUUUUGAAGAAAAAUUAUAUGUUCUGAAAGACAAAUAGUAAAAUUUAUUUACUGGAUGUUUGUAUAACAUUUUAAUUGUGUCCUACUAAACGUAUUGUGUGAAAAUCUUGAAUAAAGGAAAAUUGU